AAGCAGCUGUUGUUUUAUAAUACAUAUAAUGCAAUAUUUGGCCAUUUAGUAAAUAAAAAACAACAUAGAAAAUGCUAUUGACGCUGCGUGUGCACGGCUCGCGUCUGUGUUUGGGCAUUACGGGCCAACAGCGCCGUCGCUUGUUGGCCAGCAGUGCCGCCGAGGAGGCCAAGAAAGUAACGACGCCCCAGCAGCCGUUGCAAUUGGAAAUCAAUGGUGGCACGUACGCCACGGACAGCUGGACGAAUGUGACACCAAAGAUUUUGUCGCACCUGGGACUCAAUAAGCAUCUGCAGCGGGAUCAUCCGUUGUCGAUAAUGCGCCAGCGCAUUGUCAAUUAUUUCUAUGGCGCCUAUCGCAAUCAGCGCGGAAAUCCACUAUUUUCCGUCUAUGACCAACUCAAUCCGGUGGUGACGGUGCAGCAGAACUUUGAUAAUCUGCUUAUACCCAGCGAUCAUGUGAGUCGCCAGAAAUCGGACUGUUAUUAUAUCAAUCGGGAGCACUUGUUGCGCGCCCACACGACAGCACAUCAGGUGCAAUUGAUAUCUGGUGGAUUGGACAACUUUCUGGUUGUUGGUGAGGUCUACAGGCGCGAUGAGAUCGAUAGCACACAUUAUCCGGUGUUCCAUCAGGCGGACGCAGUGCGUCUGGUCACCAAAGAUAAGCUCUUCGAGCGCAAUCCUGGCCUGGAACUGUUCGAGGAGACGUGGAGCGGUUCGCUCGCAGAUCCAAAGCGCAUUUUAUCCUCAUCCAAGUGCAUGGACCAGACUAAACAGCCCUGCCACACCCUCGAGGCCGUCAAGCUAAUGGAGCACGAGAUGAAGCAUGUGCUGGUUGGCCUGACCAAGGAGCUAUUUGGUCCGCGUAUCAAGUAUCGCUGGGUGGACACAUAUUUUCCCUUUACACAGCCAUCUUGGGAACUGGAAAUAUACUUCAAGGACAACUGGCUGGAGGUGCUCGGCUGCGGCAUUAUGCGCCACGAGAUACUGCAGCAGGCGGGCGUGCAUCAGUCGAUUGGUUAUGCUUUUGGCGUGGGUCUGGAGCGCCUGGCCAUGAUACUAUUCGAUAUACCAGACAUUCGACUGUUUUGGUCCAAUGACAGUGGAUUCCUAUCACAGUUCAGUGAGCAGGAUCUGCAAAACCAGCCCAAGUACAAAGCCAUCUCACAUUAUCCGCAAUGUACAAACGAUUUAUCCUUCUGGCUGCCGCCCGAUGUGGAGGUCGAUGCUGGCUUCUCACCCAACGAUUUCUAUGACCUGGUGCGCUCGGUAGCUGGGGAUGUCGUGGAACAGAUACGCCUGGUGGACAAAUUCAAGCAUCCAAAGACGGGCAAAUCCAGCGUAUGCUUUCGGAUUGUCUAUCGACAUAUGGAGCGCACUAUGACGCAGGCUGAGGUCAAUGAGAUGCACAAGCAGAUAGCCGAUGCCAGUGUGGAGAGUUUUAAUGUGCAAAUACGCUAGUCUUAAUUAAAAAAAAAUUGUUUUAAUCCGAAAA